CCCUGCGCGGGCCCCGACGGCGCCAUGUCUCGGCGGGCCCGCGCGCUGCCGCCCCAGCUGUCGCCGGCGGCGGCGGUGCGGACGCUGCGGCGCGUGUCGCGGUUCCUGGCGCGCGCGCUGCCGCUGUGCCGCGCUCACACGGUGGAGUUCUACACGCGCGGGCUGUGGGACCGGCUCGUGGCGCCGCGCCCCGCCGCCGUGCUCCAGGCGCUGCGGCGCCCCCUGGCGGAGGCCUCCGGCGCCGCCGCGGCGUGGUGGGAUGAUGACACAUUUUCCAAUGUGUUUUGUGAAAACUCAGAGAAGCUUAUCAAUGUACAUUUGUUUGCCCUGGCUGCUAAGUAUUAUUCUUCGUCCAACCUUGGAGUGUGUACCCCAUUAGAAGAUGUACUUGAAGCACUGAGAGGAGACAAUCAAGGAACAACAGGUAUCAUAACUGAUGAGUUUAUGAGUAAUAAGAAAUCACAUGAAGUGCAGGUGAUGUCAGAGCUGGUAGUCAACAUAGCGAAUUGUUGUGAUACAAAGCAGGUGAUUGAUAUAGGCUCUGGAAAAGGCUACCUGAGCUCUUUUUUGUCCAUGCAAUAUAACUUAAAAGUUUAUGGAAUUGACUCCUCAAACACCAACACUAAUGGUGCUCAUGAAAGGAACAGAAAAUUGAAGAAACACUGGAGAGCAUAUCAGAGUCGAGGGAGAGCAAACCUCAAAAGCCAGAGGUUGGAAAAGGCAAAUGACAGGCCAGUGGAAAGUGAAAUUAAAUGUAAAGCAGUCAAUGAAAAGCCCUUAAAUAAUGACAGCAGUGUUCAAAGGCAGGACCAAAUGGCUAUCCAAGAUUUAGUUGCUUCCUGUGGUUUCACAGGAAUAGCUACAUCUGAAAUGAGCAAACAAACUGAAGCUGAUUUGGUGGCUCGGACACAAUCUGAUGAGAGCAAACUUUCUGAAGAGGUUCUUGCUAUUCUAAACAUUCUGCCUGCUGAUGCUGUAGAAGUUUCUUCAUCUCAGCGUAACUGUGGGGAACUCUGUGCAGAGGAAAAGGCACGAAGAAAAAUGGCGUCUCUCAAGGCUAAAGCGAGCAAGUCAAGUGAAUCAAAUCUGUAUUUUCCAUUGACUUCUUGCAUCACUGCAGAAACAGAACUCAGUGACAUCAUCACAGAUCUGGAGGACUGUAUGGUGGUGGGUCUUCAUACAUGUGGUGAUCUUGCUGCAAAUACAUUACGAAUUUUUACUGCCAAGCCUGAAAUCAAAGCAGUUUGCAGUGUAGGCUGCUGCUACCAUCUGUUGUCAGAACAGUUUGAAAACCAAGAAGAAUGCCCCAAUGAAGUGUGUGGAUUUCCCAUGUGUCAGUACUUGAAGGACAAAGGCUGGUGCUGUGGUCGCAAUGCUAGAAUGUCAGCAUGCUUGGCUUUGGAGCGAGUUGCAGUUGGCCAAAUGCUGCCUACAGAAUCAUUGUUUUAUCGAGCUGUUCUUCAGGUUAUUAUAGAAGAAAUUUAUGGUGUCACCAGAAGUGAUCGACAUGUUGGAAAAACUUUCUCUAAAUCAUCCUCCUUCAUAGAUUAUGUCAGAAAGUCUCUGAAAAAGCUGGAACUUGAUGAUUCAAAGUGUGGAAGAGCCUGUCAAGUCCAGAUGAAACACUUAGAUACAAAUGAACUACUUUUUCUGCCUUUUGGUACAGGACCAUCCCUUUCACAUAUCCCUCCACCUCAGUAGUAAAGCUGAGACAUACACCAUGACUACUGAAUGUCUGACAAAAUACUCUCAUUUCGUGAGGGCAGAGGGAGGUCUUUUAGUGUGAGCUUGAUGCUUUACAGGUGUAGUUACAUUGCUUCUAGCUUCAGAACUAAUGGAAUUGCUUUGUGAGCCAUGGAUUCGUGAGGGCUUCAGUAAUUGGUCUGGAUACACACCAAGGCAGUAUUUUAUUCCUGGCUGUUUAUUUUGUCAUAGCUCACUCUGUUCCUAUACACUCCAUGUUGUAAGGGCAUAACAUUCAGUGUCACAUAGAUAUGAGAGGAAUUCUAUCAGAAAAUUUCUUUUCCCUUUCAUUCACUCUUUCACCUAAUUUAACAUGAAUGUGGGACUCUCACUUCAGAGUAUGAAGUAUUCAGCCCUGCUCCUUCUCUUAGGGGAGCUGGCCACGCUUACACUUGCAUUGAUUCUUUCAGUCAGCAAGAGCAAUUUCUCCUUCCUCUUCAACAGAACAUGUUUCAGCUCUGUGAUGUAAGUGCUACAAAUGGCAUUGCCACAGCAAAAAGUCCUCGUAUAAGUAUUUAUGUAUUUCUAGAGUAUUUGAAGAAAAAAAAAAAAAACAAAAACCAAACACAAAGCUUUCUUAAAUUUCCUAUACUUAUUGGGGUAGAUUAGCAAAAGAUCUUUCACAGGGCCUGGUUUUAAGGUGAUUAAAGGGAGAAAGAGCUUACAAGGUUAAGGCAUGGUUGCAUGUCUGGGAGACUUAGUGAUCUAUGACCCAGCUAGGAUCUGUUCUGCUAGUAAGUGAGAGCCUCAGCGGGUGGAGCUGUGUAACAAAGAGAAGCUGGCCUGGAUUCAUGCAAAGUGCAAUCUGGGAGUAAGGAGAGAAUUCUAUUUAAUGCCAUGUCUGAUUGCAGGAAGAUAAACAGGGCUGGAAACACUCCUGACACAUCCACAAAUAAAAGUUAUUAGUCACUUUGAUUUCAUCUCCUGCUGUAUUCAUACUAUAGUUACUGCUAUGGGCUAAUAGCAUACAAGAUGGUUAAUUUGUCUUAGUCAAAAUACUUCACAAAUCACUUAACCCUUUCAGAUGUAGACAUAUGCUAAAGAGAUGUAAUAGUAAUUUCAGAGAUAGGGUCACCUUAGCUUUCACACACAAAAAGAAGUUUAUGUGCCUGUCAGCAAGUGUUUUGUUGCAGAUUUACUUGGUUUUGCUCAACCAAGCUUCCAAGUCUCCCGUGACUCCCGUGUAUUUCGGUUUUGAACAGUCUAGUGUCUGCACAUAACUUGAAGUUGCUGGGGCUUUUCCCCAGGAAAAAGUCAAUGAUUUGGCGCGUGCCCAUCUGACAACCUGAGGUGAGAUCUGCAACAAGAAACAGAUGCUCAGUUUCCACCAUCCCUGUUUGCUCUAACCCUGACCAGACUUCUCAUAAACAUGCUGCCCAUGUGUCUUUUCCUGAUCUGUGCUUCAGGUAGAGCAUCCCAAAAAGGCACAGCUGUCAGGUCUCAACUGGCAGUUCAGUGAAGGGCACUUUCGGUGAGGCAUUCUACCCAUCACAGUAGUAUUUACAUUAAUAACAUAGUAAGAGAAACUCACAUCCUGUAAAAAGCUUAUUCAUCGUCUUAAGUAAUUUAAACAACUUUGAUAUUUGAUACCUUAUGUCUAUCAAUGUUAUCAAAAUAUUUCAAAGCCUUGAUGUAGCUAUGUAUCUAAA